AUGAGCAAAUUUCGACCAUCCGCAGCGUGGAAGCCGGCUCGGACGAAUACUCGAUCCUCGAUCAGAGGCCGUAUAGGUCCUCCAAUUCCCAUACAAGACGACGACGAGUUCCCCAUCAGGACCCGCGGCGCAGGAAUAGCUACCCCCCUGGGAGCUGACGGCACAGAACAGCAGAUGCGGCUGAGAUCCUCGACCGGUACCGAACUUGAUAUCACAGCGGAACAAUCAGAGAUCGCCGGAGGGGACAUAGUAGAUCCUCCCCAGUCUGAUACGAUGCCUUCGGAACCACUAAGGGAAGCACCAUCACCACCGUCGCCACCGCGAGCGAUAAAUAAUGGAGCCACCGCAAUGCGGAAUUCGGUGACAAGUGUGCCUUCGAAGAAGUCGAGUGUGGGAUCUCCGCAACGGAAGAAGUCGACAUUAAAAUCGGUUUUUGGGCGGCUUUUUGGGAAGAAGAGGAAGGGGAGCAGCACAUCAUCUGGCGAGCGAGAACGAAGCCCAAGUGUUCGUGCAGGUCACCAUCGCAGCGAUCCACCCGCUCUAAGUAAACUGCCGACCAACGGAGGUGGUUCUCAGAAGCGCUCGGCCUCCCUACCCAUCAAUGAGUAUAGCCGAGCCUUGCGGUCUCAUUCGAUUAUCGCGGACUCAGAGGGCUUGCCUCAGGAGAGCACACCACAGUCGAAUCGGGAGUCAAUACAAGCUGAUGGGCAGUCACGGCCUCGCAGGGCUACAACACCAAGCAGACUAUGGGCGCCGCCUAAAAUACCUGGGUAUGAAAAUUGGACUGGUCUCUCACCAAGGCCUGCGAGCAGUCAGGCUCGCGGUAGUAAAGUAAUGUCUAGUGUUGAGGAUGAUGCCAAUAUUGGCAUGGCUGUCACAAGCGGCAGCCAUCCGAAUAGGCGCUCCCGAAGUCUUGGUGAACUCAGAGCUACCUCGUCUGGGACUGGGGCUCCAAGACGUAGAAGUGACGAAAUAAGGUACUGGAGAGAAAGCUAUGACCCAGGAAUCCUUUCGCCGAUGUCAUCAAAUAGACCCGAAGGGGAAGAUCCUAUUCUUCUAUCGGAUGAGGCGGACUAUGAGGCCACAGAGCCAGAGGAUCAACCUCAACCCUUCAAUUUUGGGCCGCUUGGGGAGAUGGCUGGAAUGAAAAUCACUCAAGCCGCAAGUCUUGAAACUCGAGUUCGGCAAUUAGAAUCCCAGGUGCACAAGAUGGAUAGGGCGGUAAGACGAAUAUAUCGCGGCCAGUCUGCAGAUGCCCUUCAGCUCAAUGACCCACCUAAGAGGCCGUUCAACGAAUUCUCAAGUUCCUCCUUUGCUCGGCCAACAACUGGUGCGUCCGAGGUGUCGUUGCCAAAGCACGCGGGGCGUCAGGAACCUCAACAGCAUACUCUGGAAGCCGGAGCACGUGGAAACCGGCAGCGAACGUCUUCCUUUGAUAGCAGCCGUCCCACAACAGUCAACACCAACACCUCACGCGAUCCCUCCCUUGAAACUUUUCCUCUGUCAACUUUACCAACUUCUAAUGCACUCCUCCGCACAUCACAGAGCACUGCACGUCCACUCUCUACCUCAGCCACAAUCCGUGGUCUACCUUCUGAUUCACCUACAAUGCCCAAAGAUGGCAGUUUUACAGCAGAACAUUUUACUUAUCUUACCAACCUGAUAUUAGCCGAGCAAAGUGCUCGACAGCAGCUUGAAGUCUUAGUACAUAAUCUCCAGGAGCAGCUCCACGCCAUACGCUCUCCGGUUUCAAAUCACACCGCAGUAGUACGCAUAACCGAACCUACUAUGCCAACCGAUACCUAUUCCUCAUUCGAACAUGAUAGCAGCGAUGACGAAGCACAAUAUGGGGCCGAGGAGAUAUUCCAAACUCCUGCUGAGGAGAGAGGGCCUUUUGGAGACGAUACUUUCGGCGAUGUAAUGGGCGCGUCUGGACCGCCGAAAACCGCACCACGGACUAUGAGUCUAAGCCAGAUGACACUUGGAAAAGGAGCGCAGCUCGUGUGA